UUGUAAACACGUGGGAUUGUUGUUGUUCAGCUUUAUUAAUUUUAUUGGUUAAAUUAUUAUUAAUUUGUUUCUAAGGUGGAAAAUCUUUUAAAUAUUAUACAUUAUGUCUCAACCGGCGCUUCCAGCGAAGCCGCCAGGAAAAAGUUGGCGUGAGAUAAAUCAGGAGAGAAAAGCUUUGAAACGCCAGCGCAAUGAAGAAAAGAUUAUCAAGCGCGAAAAGAGGAUGGCAAUUGAAAAGGAAAUGGAGCAAAAAGUGCAAGAGGAGGUUGAACAUGAGAAGAAGUGCGCAGAGAUAUCUACUGUCAGUAUAGCAGUGCCAGGGUCUAUAUUAGAAAACGCACAGUCAGCUGAACUUCGAACGUAUUUGGCUGGACAGAUCGCAAGAGCAGCUUGUGUAUUCUGUGUGGAUGAGGUUAUCGUUUACGACGAUAUCGGAGACAAAUUUGACACGAAAAAGAGCAAGUUAGAAGAUGUAGGAGGCCUUAAAGUAGCUCGUAAAAGUUGUGUGCAGCUGGCCCGCAUAUUACAAUAUUUGGAAUGCCCGCAGUAUUUGAGGAAACAUUUCUUUCCCUUACACAAAGAUUUGGAGUUUGCUGGACUUUUGAAUCCAUUAGAUGCCCCUCAUCAUUUACGACAAUCCAAUACUUUUCAAUUCAGAGAAGGAAUAACAAUGAACAAGAAAGUCAAACCGGGUCGAGGUUCACAGGUGAACGUUGGACUUCUCCAAGACGUGUCUACGGAUAAGUUACUGAACCCUGGAAUCAGAGUUACGGUGAAAAUGUUGCCUACUUCUGAAGGGCAUAAAAAGUUGAAAGGAAAGAUUGUGAGUUUAACGACUCCGAGGGCCGAGACUGGCGUGUACUGGGGGUAUACGGUCAGAAUAGCUAAUAACCUAAGCCAAAUUUUCACACAAUGCCCUUACAAAGAUGGAUAUGACCUUACAGUGGGCACUUCUGACAAAGGAACACCUAUUGAUGACUUGCCCGAAAAAGAAUUGAAAUACAACCAUGCUCUAAUAGUGUUUGGAGGUUUACACGGCAUUGAAGCGGCUUUGGAAAGUGAUGAGCACUUGAAUGUUGGAGAAGCCAGUUUACUCUUCAAUCAUUAUCUAAAUGUGUUACCGAAUCAAGGUUCUAGAACCAUCCGCACGGAAGAAGCUGUACUUGUAACAUUGUCGGGGCUCAGAACCAAAUUAAAGGCAAUAAAUGAACCAAUGGUGUUUAAAGAUACCGGAAUUGCUACCAGCUCUACAUUCCCGGCGUCCAAAGCUGAUAUUUCGGAUAAUUCUGGAGGAGAAAACAAAUUAGAUUUAAGCAGAUUUGACUAAAAUAUAAAUAUAUA